CCUCCUCAUCUUUCAAUACCCUCGAACAGAGCUCCUCCUACCUGCAGGCCAGGAUAUUUUCUUUCUUCUGUUCUCUCUCUUCUUCGUCCCAGCUUGUCUCGGCCUUCUAGCUCUGCUUUCAUCAUAGAACAUGUCAUUUGAUACUUCAGGCGAAGCUCCCGAAAUUCAGAUCUAUACUCCUGGUGAAAGGAGCGCCGUUACUGUGCUCGUUAUCGCUGGCGUCUUGUCAAUUUCCGCGGUAGCCUCAGGAUGCCUUUACUACUUCGUGUUUAGCAAACGCACUAAAACAUUCCAUCGAACGAACCUUGCCCCAUAUCUCGUUUCGCUGCUUUUGGCCAACGUAUUACAGGCGAUAGCCACAAUUCUCAAUGCCCGCUGGGUUCGAGAGGGCAUUGUAUUUGAUGGUUCCUUCUGCUCCUUUCAAGGAGGUCUUAAAAAUGCAGCAAACGUUGGAACAGCUUUAUGGUCAUUCAUCAUUGCACUACACGUCUUCAAUUUGCUAUUCCUACGUUGGAAAACGACUUGCACAGGUAUGAUUAUUACGCUUAUUUGCGGCUGGACCAUAGUCGCCUUUAUCGUGACGCUCGGUCCGCUCGCCAUCGAAACCCCAGAACGCGGUCCUUACUUCGGCGUGUCCGGAUAUUGGUGUUGGAUCACGGAUAAUUAUCCUAAGGAACAAACGUACAUGGAGUAUUUCAUCGAAUUUAUAUCUGCGGGACUUGGAUUCAUCCUGUAUACACUUGUUCUUCUACGCGUACGAGGAAAUCUCAUAAUUGUCAAUGGCCGUUGGCACCUACGAUGGAUAACUCGGAGUCAGGCAUGGCAACUAUCCUUCGCCCGCGACUUACUCGACACUGCCAUGCUGCACGUUGCUACGAAUAUGGUCUGGUACGCUGUUGCAUAUAGCCUUAUCAUCAUCCCUGUUGCCAUCGCGCGCCUGAGUUCUUUCACUGGUCAUCAUGUACCGUUCUGGGCAACAAUCAUGACUGAUACGAUAUUCAAUCUUACUGGUCUGGUCAACGCUAUUCUUUUCGUGUAUACCCGUCGGAUUCUCCCAGAUACCGCCUCGCUCCCACAGUUUACGACACCGCGGAGCAGAAUGUCUGAUUCGGAGGCAAUGUUUGGUGUUACGCCUUUCACACCCGGAGCUACUCACUCCACUGGGUCUAGUGAAGAGAAUGACAAGAAAGACGAGGCGGAUUGGGACGCUAACUCUACUGAAUCAUCCCAUCUGACUGUCGCACCUCGAAACCUGUUGGAUCAAGGCUUAGAAUCAAAAUCUGACACGGGCUAUGGUAUUGGUGUACGUGGAUUUCCUGAUCGUGACAGUGUCUCGUACCCAGAUGUAGUCACCCUCCCAUCUCUCGCAUUUGCAUAUCCCGGACGAACUACGAAUCAAGGCCAUUAGUAAAAAGACGCAUGUGCGUUCAUCGGGGAGUUUGCAGCUUGUUGGUCUGAACUAUUGUAUUUCUGAUUUCUAGUCCUGGUGACAUUGUCGACUUAAACGUUUUCUGAUGUAUAACGUAUCUUCCUUGUCAUUCUCAUGCAUUUUGUACUUAGUAGC